CCGGGAGCGAAUUUUCCAAUUAUUACUCCUUGACGUAUUUACCCCUGUGACGAAAUACACCUAUCGAAUUCUACCUACCUUCAAUUUUAAUUAGAUUGGCGGAAUUUACUUGGUACUGUUCUUUGAUUUUAGGGUUUGCAUCGGACCACCGGUUGUGAUUUUUCCGACUGCCUUCCGCGGGGGAGAGAUUCUCGAAUUGUGCAAUGGGUGAAAAUGGGAAGCGUUAUCGAUCAUACCGUGAUGACAGUGACAGCAAAAAUCAGAAGAGGAGAACUGAAAGGGAAAGAGACAGAGACGAAAACGGAAACGGAAACGACGAAGUAAUAGCUUACAGAAUCCUUUGCCCCGAUAGCGUUAUCGGGAGUGUGAUUGGCAAAAACGGAAAAGUAAUAAAUACAAUUCGACAAGAAUCGAGAGCAAAGGUCAAGGUGGUUGACCCCUUUCCAGGUUCGCGUGAUAGAGUUAUAACUGUCUAUUGCUACGUGAGGGAAAAGGAAGAAAUCGAGGUCGAUGAAGAAUUCAACGAUACUGAACCUCUUUGCCCUGCACAAGAUGCUCUCCUCAAAGUGCAUGCAGCCAUAGCUAAUGCUGUAGCUGUACUCGUAGAUUCCGACAGAAAGAAGAGAGAUAGAGAUAGAGAUCGAGAUAGAGAUAGAGAUACAGAACAAUGCCAGCUUCUUGUUCCGUCUAGCCAGUCUGCAAAUAUUAUCGGGAAAUCCGGGUCAACUAUCAAGAAACUAAGAAAGAGGACAAGGACAAACAUUAGGGUUACUGCCAAGGAUGCCACUGAUCCAGCUCAUGCUUGCGCCUUGGAGUUUGACAAUUUUCUUGUGAUAUCCGGUGAAUCAGAGGCGGUAAAGAAAGCAAUUUUUGCCGUUUCUGCAAUUAUGUACAAGUUUGCACCAAAGGAAAAGAUUCCUCUCGACACUUCAAUUUCAGAAGCACGACCAAGCAUCAUAAUUCCAUCAGAUGUUCCAAUAUAUCCUUCUACAGGACUAUAUCCAAGCGUAGAUCACAUUAACCAUGCAAGAUCAAUGCCUUCCAUUUUAGGCCCUUCCCAUGCACAAGAUAUUCCGAGUUAUGGUGAUGCUGGCAGCGCUUGGCCCGUUUAUUCAUCUGCUCUUCCUUUGGUUCCGGCUUAUGGCAGUUCUUCACGAUCUGAGGUAUUGGCCGUAAAACUGCUGUGCCCUUCGAACAAGAUUGGUCGUGUUAUUGGCAAAGGUGGAAGUGCCAUCAAUAAUAUAAGGCAAGAUAGCGGUGCUCGUAUUGAGGUUGAAGACCCCAAGGGUAAACAUAAUGAGUGUGUUGUAACUGUAAUCUCCAUGGAGUCAGCAGAUGAUUUUAAAUCUAUGGCAGUUGAAGCUGUGCUUAUGAUACAAGAAAAGUUAAACGAUGAAGAUGACAGCACUGGAACUUUCCGCCUCCUUGUUCCUUCAAGGGUUAUCGGUUGUAUUAUUGGGAAAAGUGGUUCGAUAAUCAACGAAAUCCGGAAAAGAACUAGGGCAGAUAUACGGAUUUCCAAAAGUGAAAAGCCCAUAUGUGCUGGUGACAGUGAUGAACUCGUUGAGAUUUACGGCCAAGUUGGUAAUCUAAGAGAUGCAAUUAUUCAGAUUAUUUUGAGGCUCAGAGAUGAUGUUUUAAAAGAUAGAGAAGAAUUUCGUAAUCCUUCGGGAGGUGUUGAGCCAUUAUACAGUGGCGGUUUGCCUCUUCCAAUGCCAUCAGUUUUCCGUGACAUGUCGUCAAGUGAUGCAUUGGGUUAUGAGCAAAGGCUUGAUACUGAGAGUGGAUUAGGAUUGCUUUCUUCGAGCGGUUAUGGUUAUCAGCAAAGAAUGGGAGACAGUGGAUAUGGAUCGUUGGCUUCGCAUUCAUCGUCACUUUUUGCAGGAUUGCCUCCACCAACUGCUAUGGAAAUGCUUGUACCUGCAUAUGCGGUUGGCAAAGUCAUCGGAAAAGGUGGCACAAACAUCGACAAUAUCCGCAAAAUAUCCGGAGCGGAAAUCGAGAUUUUAGAUUCCAAAUCUUCGCGAGGUGAUCGUGUGGCUUUAAUAUCUGGCACCACUGAUCAGAAACGUGCCGCUGAGAAUUUGAUUCAGGCUUUCAUUAUGUCCACUUGAGUUAUGAAAUCAUUCUAUAUCAAGUCGAAACUAGUUCAAAACUCCUCUAGGGUUUCCUUUCGUGGAGAUCAAUUUAGCUCUUAGGCUUCUGGUGAACUCUCGUCUCUUCUGUAGGUAACCAGAAGAAGAUGCUUCCGGAAGUUUGGUAGAGUAUUCCUUUUUUUUUCAAGUGACAGUUGGUUCUGAUUAUGCUGCAUGAUAAAGAUACACUCAUCCGCAGCGUUUUCAAUUCCUGCUAUUGAUCGUACUCUCUUCUGCAAAACUCUUAUUUCCAACUUUGCUUUGCUCGUGUUAACAACUUCAUAAUCGAAAUCAUAGAGUACAUGAAUCCUCUGUGUUCUUGCUCCUUCUCGUUUUCUGCUAUCUUUGUUCAAACAUCUCUUACUCUACAUGCCUUUUAAUGCCCUUCAUACCUGUAGAAGGAAAGAAGUACCUCUCCUGAUCAAACGUAUAAUGCUAUUAGGAUAAAAUCUCCUUCCGAUUUCAAUGUUCUUGCCUUGUGAAAGUUUUGUACUUAAUCUCAGUCUUGAAACUGUAAUUACUGAAAUGCCCCUUGUCGAGUAGCUUCCAUGGAUUUCAUUAACUUUGGUAAUUUAUCUGACUAAUGGCCUCUAUUUGAUUGAUUU